AGCGGUUGGUUGAUGGAGGAAACAACAACAAGCUAGGCAUCAUGAGGGUCUUUGAAACACUGCUCUGGGCCGCUUUUCUCAUCCACAAGGUGGUGGGAGAGUAUGGCAUGGCCCACUUCAGUGACAAGGACAAAAGCAAAGGAAAGGAUUACUGCAUCUUCUUCAACUCGCAGUGGGCACGUCUACCUCAGGACCUCAACAAGGCUUCACGUCUGCAGAUUUACGACCUCACAACAUCGGUCUUAUGCUCACCCUCUGAUGUCCCAGAGGGAGGCUUCCCAAAUCGUAUCCCCAUGGUAAUGAGGGGCAACUGCACUUUCUAUGAAAAGGUCCGACUGGCCCAGAUUAAUGGUGCCAAAGGCCUGCUCAUUGUCAGCAAGGACAGACUGACGCCACCAGCAGGAAACAAGACUCAGUAUGAGGAGAUCGACAUCCCCGUAGCUCUGCUCAGCUACUCUGACAUGCUGGACAUUAGCAAGACCUUUGGUAAAGGAAGACUGGUUGCCAUGUAUGCACCCAAUGAGCCAGUGUUGGACUACAACAUGGUGAUCAUCUUCUUGAUGGCAGUGGGAACAGUCGCCAUUGGAGGUUACUGGGCCGGCAGCAGAGACAGUAAGAAGCGCUACAUGAAGCACAAGAGGGACGACGGUGCAGAGAAGCAGGAUGAGGAGACCGUAGAUGUCACACCCAUCAUGAUCUGUGUGUUCGUGGUCAUGUGCUGCAGCAUGCUGGUGCUACUCUACUUUUUCUACGACCGUCUGGCAAUUUGGGUCAUAUUCAUCUUCUGCCUAGCCUCCUCUGUCGGCCUCUACAGCUGUCUGUGGCCUUUUGUCAGGAGACUCCCGUUCUGCAAGUGCAGGAUCCCGGAGAAUAACCUGCCAUACUUGCACAAGCGGCCGCAGAUCCGCAUGUUGCUCCUGUCGGCCCUCUGCAUCGGUGUAAGCAUCACUUGGAUGGUGUUUCGCAACGAAGACCAGUGGGCGUGGGUGUUACAGGACGCCCUGGGGAUCGCCUUCUGUCUCUACAUGCUCAAAACAGUCAGACUGCCCACAUUUAAGGCUUGCACUUUACUGCUGGUGGUCCUUUUUGUCUAUGAUGUUUUCUUUGUAUUUAUUACACCCUUCUUUACAAAGAGUGGGGAAAGUAUAAUGGUGGAGGUAGCGGCUGGUCCCUCUGACUCCUCCACACAUGAAAAGCUUCCCAUGGUGCUCAAAGUGCCAAGGUUAAACUCCUCUCCCCUGGCUCUGUGUGAUCGGCCGUUCUCCCUCCUGGGCUUCGGCGAUGUCUUAGUACCAGGUCUGCUAGUGGCGUACUGCCACAGAUUUGACAUUUUAACACAAACCUCCAGGAUCUACUUUGUGGCAUGUACAAUCGCUUACGGCAUCGGCCUGCUCAUCACGUUCGUGGCUCUGGCCAUGAUGCAAAUGGGUCAGCCGGCACUGCUCUACCUGGUGCCUUGCACUCUGCUCACCAGCCUCGCUGUAGCGCUGUGGCGCAGGGAGUUGCCCCAGUUCUGGACUGGAAGUGGAUUUGUGCCUGCCAUAGCACUUGCACCGAUCAACUGUACACAAACGGCAGCACCACAGACACAAGGGCCCUCAACCAAACCGGAGCCACAAACCACAGAAGCCACCAAUCAGAGCGGAGACUCGCCCCGGCGCUCACCUCAGGAAACGCCCUCAGCUGAGAAACAGGACGAGGAAAACAAAUCCAACUGAAAGGACUUCUAGUACGGCAUUCCCCCCCAUUUCAUUUCAUGUUUUUAUUUGUUGUAAAAAAAAAAAAUUCUACAUUCUGUUUCAGUCGAUGGACAUUUUUAAUGUGCACUUGGUUGUGAAGGGAAGAGCUAAGGAGAUCUGCGCUCUACAUGGCUGGCUCAGCGGGGCACCGGGAUCAGACUCACCAGGUUGAAGCACUGAAACUGAAAAACACACUAAAAGUAUAAAACCUGCACAGAAGCCUCCAAACACUCGUCUACUAACAUACAAUCUGAACCGCCUGUAAAGGGAAAUGAAAAGCCAAAUCUGAAAACUACAAACACUAAAUUCUCCCACUACUUCCAAUGGGAGGCUUUUGAAAAGCCCUGAAGGCCCGAUCACACCAGCAUCUAAAACAACAGUAAAAUAAAUUCAUUUAAAUGGAAUUGCUGUACUCAAAAUUAGCUCGUGGGUGGUGAAGUAAAUCUGUGCAACUUUUUUGCAUCAAGUUGAACUUUGAUGAACUCUGAUGUGCACAUAUGCAGCGUUGGCCAAUAGCUAGCCAUCUUGACUGUGUCCUUUUGUGACCUUUAGUGAGAACAGAGUGUCAAUGUGGAGGAGUUAUCGUAACUCAUUAGCUGUGUUGCAUCAUCCGUGUUUAUUUAACCACUUCUGUCAGAGUAUAAACUGCUCCACGGUUUAUAUUCCAGAGCAAGAAUGGUUGACAGAAAGUUAUGAAAUAGAUAAAUAUGUUUCAACUGUAUGGAAUAUACUUUACCAUUGGCUUAUGUCUUAUCUCAGUAACUCUUUGAGGGAAAUAUUCAGUCCGUACUACAAAAUGUCAGAGGAGACUAAAAACAAACCAGAAACUCAGUGAGCGACUGGGUCUGACUGACAUGUCAGCAGCUGGCUAACUCUUCAGCUACAGUAGUGUAGCAACUAGCUCAAGUAUUUCCUUUGUCACCAAGCUUCCAAAAAAGCAUAUUUCACAAAGACUCACUACCUUAUUUUGUUGUGCCACUUUCUGGUGUGACUGGGCCUUAAAGGUUUAAGUAUGCUUGAAACAAUCUUGCUUUUAAAAAAUGUGUUGAACGACCAUGUUUAAAGGCAAAAAAUGGUUUCAUGGCUGUUCUUAAUGCUUGAGGAAAGAGUGAAAAGCCUGAUGUCAUAGUGGGGAUGAUACACACACACACACACACCUAGUACACUAAAUUCAGAUGUCUGAAAGGGAUGUGUGUGGGGGGGGGUUUCAAGCGCUUUGUUUAAAGCGUACUGAGGCCUUAUUUUCCAAAGCACACAUACACACACGCACACUACAGAAGAAGCCAUUUUAUAUUUUGACACUGGUGUGUUAAUAAAAGUACAGCAGUGAUGGUUUCAUACCCUUUAAAACGCGGAGCUAUCACGGUUGUUGACUGAGCCAAACCUAUUACAUAUUUUAGUUUUUUUAAACUGAAGCAUUUGUUGACAUUGUCCCUGAUUUUUGCUUAUUUUAUUUUUUUUGCAUGCUAUGAUUUAGAUUUCACCCUCAUAAAAAACAGGUGUAUAAUCUAUAGUACAGACUUUUUAUUGAUGGAGCAACAGUUAAAACUUGGGCCUCCUUUCAGUUAUUCAUAUUGUCUUAAAUAGUUUUGGCCUUACUGUGUUCAUGUUGAGAGUCGAAUGUGUCACGUAUGGAAUAUUACAAGUACUGUACUUCAAAGAUGUGCUGAAGUUUGUAUGAGCCGAGUAUCGACUGAUAGGUGUGACCAAUGUUAUUAGUGUUUAUGAAGCAUUUGCACAAUAUUUUUAUUUUAUUUUAUUUUAUGGACUGACGGACGUUGUUUGGUUCAUGUCUGCAUAUGUUAAUGUUCGAGAUUUAAAGACACGGAAGCCGAGGUAUGAAUAUAUCAUCAAAUAAUCCUCCUGCUUUAGUUCUCCAUUCCUGACCUGAGGGUCAUCUUCAACAUCACUCUGUAUAUCAGCAUAGAUAUAUUUCUUAUUCAGUUACAAUGCCUAUUAACCAACUUCAGCAUUUCUAUGUAAGAAUUGAAUCAAAAAGUGAAAAAACCAACAUAUUUGCUAAGGAGUCAGAGGUCGAAUGGGUAUAGCUCAGUUAUCUGGAUGUGUGCCCUUGCUGAUUGGACAGCACAGUGUUUUCCAGGACAUGAGAGUAUUCAUUCACCAGUAUAGUUUGAUGUCACCAAGUGGUUUUUAAUGCCUCUGUUGAGGACUACGUAUAAUAAAGAAACAUUGUAUUUAA